GGCAGCUCCCGGGCGGGCCGAGGGCCGGAGCUCGCUGUCCGCUCCGCCCCGUGUGCCCCGCGGAGGGGCCCGGGGCAGCGGCGAGGGACAGCCGGGACCGCGCCCUCCCGGCGCCGGGGGCAGCGGGCGGGAGGAGCCCGGUGGCGGCCGGCGCUGCGCAAGGCCCGGGCGGGCGGCGGAGGAGCCCCGGCCGGAACCCUGCCGUCGGCCCGAUGUGGCGCAGGUCGGUGCCGAGCCCCGAGGAGGGAUUAGAAGAUGGUGCGCGAAGCUGCGCCUUGGCUCCCUGAGCGAAGGGGCCGCUCCGGGGCUCGCCCCGCCGCCUGCCCGAGAGGUGCGAGGGGUUAGGCCGGGGAGGCGCAGGGAUGGAGGGCUCGGGCGAUGCCUCCUGGACCGUGGCCGACUGGCGCCUGGCCCUGUGGACCCUGUUCUCCGUGCUUCUGCCCGUGCUCAUCACGGCGUGGUGCAGCUUCCAGCGGUCCCGGCGGCAGCUGCUGAUCCGGGACAUCUUCCGCAAGAGCGAACACGACUGGCGCUACACGGACCUGUUCGGGCAGCCCUCGUACUGCUGCGUGUGCGCCCAGCACAUCCUGCGCGGCGCCUUCUGCGACUGCUGCGGGCUGCGCGUCUGCGAGAGCUGCCUUAAGAAAGCGGACCAGCUCUUCCUCUGCAAGGAGAUCAUGAUGAGGAGCACCGCGGGAGCCCCCAGCUCCAUGCCGCACCACUGGAUCAGGGGCAAUGUCCCUCUCUGCAGCUGCUGCAUCGUCUGCAAACAGCAGUGCGGCACGCAGCCCAAGCUCUGCGACUACAGAUGUGUGUGGUGUCAGUACAUUGUGCAUGAUGAAUGCAUGGUGGAUUCUUUGAGGACUGAGGAUUGUACAUUUGGAGAAUUCAAAGACUUAAUUAUUCCACCCUACUAUUUGUCUGCAAUUAACCAGAUGCGUAAAGAGAAAAGAACCAGUUAUGAAAAGGUGGUCCCUUACUGCAGGAUGCCAGUGAUGGUGCUGGCUAAUACUCGCAGUGGAAACAACAUGGGUGAAAUUUUACUAGGAGAAUUUAAAAUGCUGCUGAACCCCGUUCAGGUUUUUGAUCUCAGCAAAAUUGCACCUGCUAAAGCUCUGCAGCUCUGCACUUGGCUGCCUGGCAAUGCUGUCAGGGUUCUGGUCUGUGGUGGGGAUGGCACAGUGGGCUGGGUCCUGGAUGCAAUUGAUGAAAUGAAGAUAAAGGGGCAAGAACAAUAUAUUCCACAAGUUGCAGUUUUACCUCUGGGAACAGGGAAUGACCUGUCAAAUACACUGGGCUGGGGUGCAGGUUAUGCUGGAGAAGUCUCUGUAGAGCAGAUCUUACGAAAUGUCAUGGAGGCAGAUGGAAUCAAACUAGACAGAUGGAAGGUUCAAGUAACAAACAAAGGAUACUACAGCUUAAGGAAACCAAAGGUAUUCACAAUGAACAACUACUUCUCUGUUGGACCUGAUGCUCUUAUGGCUUUAAAUUUCCAUGCCCAUCGUGAGAAGACUCCCUCUCUGUUUUCCAGCAGAAUCAUCAAUAAGGCUGUUUAUUUUUUUUAUGGAACCAAAGACUGCUUAGUACAAGAAUGUAAAGAUCUUAACAAAAAGGUUGAGCUAGAGUUGGACGGUGAGAGGAUUGAGUUGCCCAAUUUGGAAGGCAUCAUUGUGCUGAAUAUUGGAUACUGGGGAGGUGGCUGCAGGCUCUGGGAAGGAAUGGGGGAUGAACCUUAUCCUUUAGCAAGACAUGAUGAUGGACUUCUGGAAGUUGUUGGUGUUCAUGGUUCUUUCCACUGUGCCCAGAUCCAGGUGAAACUGGCAAAUCCUGUUCGCCUGGGGCAGGCACACACAGUGAGGCUGAUCCUGAAGAGCUCCAAGAUGCCGAUGCAGGUGGAUGGGGAGCCCUGGGCACAGGGGCCCUGCACUGUCACCAUCACUCACAAGACCCACGCUCUGAUGCUGUACCACUCAGGGGAGCAGACAGAUGAUGAUGAUGCCUCCAGCCUGUCAGAGUAACACCACAGGAGGGAGCAGGUGGAUAAAGACCUGGAGAUUUUGUGGAAUUUCACUUGCGGCAGCGAGGAGCUUCAGCUCAUUAGGACACCCGUGUUUGAUCUAGGUUGAGGUUUAUGCACUAAGGUUCAUACUUGUAAAUGAACUAGAGCUGAGGAAAAAGCCAUGCUUUUUGCACUCAUGGAAACUUUCACAGCUGAAUUACCACAACUGGUUUGCUUUUAGGUUGGUGGGGAUGCCCUCCAGCCUUUCCAGCUGGAGUGUGUUCCUCUAUUGGCUGAAAAGGGGACAGAUGCUGCAACCCUUCCUCGCUGUGAAAUCAGGUCUUCAGCACAUACAUACUGCAGUGUUUCAGAGAGAUGUUUCAUACCCUUGGAAAGGGGAGCAGCUGGGGGGUUUGACCUGCUUCCAGCUGCCCCAGAACAGUUUCAGAGCAGAAAACUGACCAGGCAGAAUAUGGGUUGAUGUUCUGACAGCAGCCUGGUCCUGGCUGCCAUCUCUGCUUGGGAGCAAGAGCAGUAACUGCACCUGCUUGUGCAGUGCAUUUCUAAUAAGCUUCACUGAGAGAGUAGAGGAUCUGGGAGCUCUGGGUUUGGACCAAAGGUUUCUGGAAAUGUUAUUUAAGAAAUUACCUUUUUCAGUGGCUUUGUAAGCCAAAAAGUACCCUGAGGUCUUGAGUCCCCAAUAUACAACUCAAAAUAUUUGUACCAUGACUUGCACUGAAUGAUCCUGUGACUUGACUUUGCUUCAGUUCAGUGAGAGACUAAUUCUAGUUUUUCUGUAAAUAGCAACAUCAUAGUUCCUGGGAAGGCUUUUUUGGAGGAAAACUUGGACAAAGGAGCAUCUUUUUUAGCUGUUUAGAUGAAAGGGUUUUAAAGAAAUAAGGAUGACUGGCAAAUGUGGAGUAUUUUUUAAAAAGCUUGCUAAAGAGCAUGGCUCAUAAUUACUUGAGAAUGAGCAGUAGUAACUGAAAAAUAAUUAAUUAAUUGAAAGUUAACUUUCAAUUUUAUGUGUGGAGGUUGAGAGCUAAGUUUGCAUAAGUGGCAUUCAUGUGUAUAAUUUGACUGUGGAAAAAAAGCAUGGAAGCACUUGUUUUCUGAUUGGUUCUCAGAGAUACCUUGUUGGUUACCCUUAUUUCCCUUAUGAAUAUAAAGUGGGGAAAAAGAUUAGUGGUUGAUCCUGAUAGUGGAGAUUCAGAACACCUACAACAGUACACAGGGAAUGUCAGCUUGGCAUAUCUGAAGCUUCUCAGGUUAAAAGCUUCUCAGGUGAAAACAUCUUCAUGGUUAACAAAAGUAAAAGAUCUUAUUCCUGGGGGUUUUUUUAAUAAGAAUUUUAAGCCUGCAGGAGGUGAGAACUGAGUUGAGGUUUAAAAUGUCUCACUGAGUAAAUUCAGUUUAGUUACUGAAGGUGCUCUUCCAAGUAAGAAGAGAUUUUAUCCUGUGUAAGCCAAAAUCAUAAGAAAGUGAGAGCUUUGGUCUGAACUUUGAAUGUUGCUGCUUUUGUCAUGAUCCCCCAAUUUUUAAUUAUUUUUUUUUCUUUACACUGACUGAAAAAUGAUAGCAUUGGGUAAAGUAGGCUGUGUUUCUAGGUUUUUUUAAAUGAAACUGUUUUUCAAAAACCUGUAAAAUGAUGUUCGCAUUAACAGUGAACAAUCUAUUUAUAUUUUAAAAUAAUUUAUUGAAACUUGGCAGAGUCAGUAUUUUUAAAACCUUCAACUGUAAUCCUCUUUGGAAAGCGUUUUUAACUUGAUGGUAUUCCUUGUAGAAAGUGUAUGUAUUAGAUCUUCAAUACUACUGAUUCUCAGUGAAUUUAUAGCAGUCUGAAAAUGUGAUUAGAGUGUAAUGAACUGUAAAAUGGAAGCCAUUUGUAAAUUCCAUAUUCAUUAGCCUUAUACACCUCACUUUAAUUAUUUUAUUGUAUGUAAAUAUAGAUGAAAAGUAAUAGUAAAAUAUAUGUAAAAAGUGUUUAAAACACCCUGAGUAUACUAUGCUAGAAUAAUCCAUUCUUUUUUUUAGUUAUGAGUUUCAAUUUAUAUUAGCUUCAAAAAUCUUACCAGUUAUUAUUUUUUUAAUAACUUGUAACCAUCAGCAUCUUAAAAGUAUUUAAGUUCUAAGCUGUAGUUCUUAUGUAACUGUUGUUUACAAACAAAUGAAGAAUCUCUGGAAAAGCAGGGUAUGUGCUCUGAAAAACAGUAUUUGAAAUGACACCAGUGGCUACUUUAAAUUGUUCAUAAUGCAGUUUAGUCUUCCCUGAAGUUGAUCAGAUGAUUAUUCAAAUUGGUUUAUAGCCCAAGAACCUUUAAUUGUUAAAAAUCUUCACUCUUUGACUCCUGACAUCUAGAAAAGAAAUAAUUGAUGCCAAGGUUGGAAGUCUCCCUGUUGUUACCACAGGUGAGGGGUGGAUGGGUUUCUCCACCUGUGCCCCAGUGGGGGCUGUUUGUGCUCCCUGUCACUGCAGCUGCCAGGAGCCCAGUCCAACAUGUGUGAAAUCCUCUGGGGAAGGUAAGUCCAUCAUUCCUGCUGGAGAAACAAAGUGAAAGUAGCACCUAACUGGAUGCUCAUUUGGGAAAACCCCUGAUAAAUGGCCUUGAUUUUGGAAGUGAAGAAGUUUGUAUCUCACCCAUGGCCUGUAAGUGAUGGCAGCAAAGUGGCAAUGAUGGCUAUGGGGAAACCUCCUGUGAAAUUGUACUUAUGGUUUAGAGAACAUUCUGUAAGGUUCAGGUGUCCAUUGUGACUGUAGCUGUUAUACACGUGGCAAAAAAAAGGUCUUGUAAAACAUAGCUAGCCCUGGCAUGUGUGGGAAGCCUUGCUGUUUCCAGCUGUUCUUUGAUGUCAAUGUAUCCUCCUUUCUGGUGUGUUGCAAAUUGGUUUAAAGCCUGUAUUGAAUGACCUUGUUUCCAGUUUUAUCACCAGUUUGUUGUCAGGUUGUCUGGCAGCAGGAAUGGACUUGGCCAGUUUGUAACAGAGCUGUAGCUGCCCAGUGCUGUGGUGUGCAUUGGAAAUGUAAACUGCUCCAUGCUUUUAAAAUGUUGUAGGUGCUUAGAGCACCACUUCAAACAGCUGCUCCAUCCUAGGAGUUACUCCUUGUAGGUUGGAACCCUGGAAAUCCCCACAGUAUAUUCUCAAUCUGGGAGAGGGGACCCUGCAGCUGGAGCUCCUGUCCUGCACUGAAGGGUUUCCCUGUUAAUAAUAAACAUUAGAAAAAUAGAGAAAACAAUAUUUCGAAAAGUCAAAUUACAAAUUGUUUCUUCUGUCAGUCUUCAUAUUUUAAAGCUUUGUGUAAAAUGUACAGGGUAAACAAUAACAUGGAUUGUCAGGCACUUAGAAGUGAGUUCAUAAAGUUUAUUUUUGAGUUGUUUUGCUGCACCCAGUAGCUUAACUGAAGUUUGGUCAGAUUCUGAUAACUUUCUUUACUGUAGGUUCUCAAUCCUGUGAUGGGCAACACAGAAAGCAUAAAUCUGCAUCGAGAGCCUUUCUGUGGGUCAGCUCUGUGCCUGGCUCACACUGCACUUGUUUACUCACAUUGAGAGGAUGUGCUGGGUAAUCUUAUGUGCACAGAACCUCCUGUCAAAGGCAGACAAGAAAAUUGGAAUGGCUUCACAUAGCUGUUCCUGGCCCAGAGACACCUGGUUGGCUUUUCCAGCCACCAGCACCACCAGGACUCCAAAGGCUCCCUGGCCUGUAUUGAAAAUACAAUCUUUGUUCUCAUUGCUGCUGGGGAAGAGCUUCCCUUUUCUCCACAGGUUCUGAGAACUCAUCCUUAAAGGGUUUGGUUUCUGUCUGCCCAAUUCCUUCUGGUUCUGUGCUACAUUGUACUGAAGCUUUUACAGUGUGUGUUACUGUAUCUCACUUUAAAUAGAAAAGCACUGCACCUUCAGCUGUGAUCAGCACCAUGGCAGCAGUGUUAGAGUAGUUUUUACUGGUUUUUACUUGGCAACAAAUGCUUUUGGUAGAGUGACACUGUAACCCAGUUAGUCUGUGGAGAAGAGCAGGACUUAAAAAUCUGCAUGUGUUCUAGCUGAAAAUCCUUUUUUAGGUCUAUUUCCUACUGACUAGUAGCAGUUUUCUUCCUUUUGGAAAGUAAAAAAUGAAGUCUUCAGUGAGAAUUAAAUUGGGCUGUCUUCAGGUUCAAAAAUAAUAGGAUGUAAAUGAUUGUAUUGAAUGAUAACCACUUAAUUAUGACAACCACUUAAUUAAAAAUGCUGUUUUCUUCUGAGAAAUGAGAGGUGCUUCUUGAACACAGGGAUAAGGCAGCAGAGACCACUUCCUGGAGAAAUUAAGUAAAUGGAGAGAAUUUACACAUUCUUUAUCUCAGCAAUGUUGAGGCCACAUUCUAAAGCACGACAUGACCAUUAUUUUGUUAUCUAAGAGUGCUGAAUACCCAGUUCAGGUUUUGGGCAUCUCAGGGAGAUACUUUGAGCUGGAAUAAAGCCACAUGCCUUGAAUAACCUGUUCAUGUUGUGCAGACUGACCUUAGCUGAGGAUCUGGCCCUUAACUGUUCCAAAGUAUGAAUGUAUUCAAACUUGUACUUUCUGAUACUGCCCUGUGUCCUGUGCUGUGUCCCCCUAUUGCUGUAUGUAAUUAAUUCUAUGCAUUGUUUAAAUUGCAAGUUGUUUAUAGGUUUCAGCAUAAAAGUAGGUUUCUUUUUAAGAUUAUGUAGGAACGUAAAUUGUGAGGUUUUUGCAUUCUGUACCUUCAAGGUUUACAUCCCUCAAGAGCCAUUUUGUCUGCUACAAACUGCUGUAAUCCUUUGAGUACCUCCAGCCAUCUCUUUCUAGGAUUUUUGUAGUUAAACAGAAUGGAUUUUUAUUUUUGUAGCUUGUAACUUCAGUAUGUAUAAUAGUUGCUUAUUAAGUAGUGAUCAGAAUACUGUAAAAAUGUUGCUUUUAAGAGCUGUAACUUUAAAUCAGUAAUAUCUGCUUACAAGAAAAUGUAGCAUGUUAACAGUUUCUAAAAAAAAAAAUAUUCUUUAGCUUCACAUGCUGUAAUGCUGCCAUUUGGGGCUUAUACUGAAUGUGUUUGUCUAUAUGUUCUAAAGUGGCACUAAACAAGGAAAAUAUGAGCUAUAAGUGCAAGAAAUAGGUCCAAAAAUAGAAUAUAUAACAUUUUAGGCAAUUUUCAAUUGAGAAAAUUGUCAUUUGGGAAUCAGCAUUUUUUAUUUCCCACCGAGCAGUAAGAAAGGAGUGAUCAGUGGGCUCUUGGCAGAUCCGUUGUUUCCUUAUGGUGUAGUUUGAGAUCUGUAUUUAGUGCCCAAACAUAACCAGACACUGUCUGCACCAUUCUUGUCCCUCAGAGAGCAAAACCCCAGAGCAAACCCCACGGCUCACAGCUGUACAGUAUUUGAGAUCUCACUUGCCAUGAAAGAACCAGUUAGCAUGAUCUUGAACCUCCAAAAUAUAUGUUUAAAUCAAAAUAGGCAAUUUUUUUCCUUGGCAUCAAACCAUGUUUUCAAACCCCAAACUGGUUUUCCUUUGGUUUUGAAGAGAAAGGCUGAAAUGGGAGAGUAAGGAGAUAGUCCUGUAAAAGUCUGUGUUAUAAAAGCUGACACAUCUGGUUUUAUUUGAUGCAGAGGCACAGUGAGUGUGCUUUUGUCUCAUAAAAAUUUGUGAUGGUUGGUGCAGUCAUUACAUGGACACGAUGUGUGAUUUGGGUCAGGUUCUGCCUAAGCUGCAGCUUCAGUGGAGCCACAGAACUUCCCCAGUCUGUGGUUAUUUCACAUUAACACAGGGAAACUGGAAACUUGAGUUGGUUGUACCAUGGCCUCUGUGACUUACAUUCCCAGAAGGCUCCAUUGAGAAACAUCUGCCCCAUGUUCUUCAUACAAAUUUGUAAAUCCAGAUUUUUCACAGCACUGGCUCUGUUACUGAAUUUCCUAAUGCAUCUGUUUGUCUUGUUAUUUGUACUGUAUUUCUCUGUAGAUUUAAGGGUGUGAAUUAAAGUAUUUAAACUCA